AUGCGGUCCAUGAACCAGAACUGUGCAAACCAACCAAACAAGAGCGCACAAGGCAGUAUGCGCCCAGAACACAAAUCACAAAACACAAACACUCGUUCCAACACGACCUUGGCACUCUCAAGCAAAGCAGGCCGUACACACAUACACGAAGGAACCAAACGCGCAGCCUUGCCCGCCACACAGGCUCAGGCCUACUCCAUACAUAGCUUUAGACCAAGCCCACGCGCCCACACGACUGUUUGA